UUCAAACUUUAUAGAAAACUAGCAUGUUUUAGAAGUAACUUAGACAAAUAUGAGAUUCAGCUACUAUUGUUGUAUAUAACGACCAACUCAGCUUUAUAUAGUUAGUGUCUAUAUGUGGUAGUUUUUCUGUGUCUCUUUUAAGCUUCGUUUUGUGUUCUUAUUAUGGGUGAUUAUGAUCUGCUGAUUACUCAACAGGGCAAGUUGCUGCAGAGAAUUUCACGCAACAACAGAGAUCUGCAGACUAACUUGAAGACGCUCGAGCGCAAUCCGGAUGCAGCCAGGCGAAUGCGGACAUGACAGACCUGCAUGGGAUCUAUCAGGACAUGCAGCAGAUGACAGCUGAGCAAGGAGAUCAAAUAGAUGAUAUCGAACAGAACGUGGAAACAGCAGUUAGUGAAGUGAAAGGAGCGAACACACAACUCAAAGAUGCAGUCGUUCUCCAAAGUCAAGCGCGCCGGAAGAAAUUCAUGCUGUUUGGUAUUCUUGGAGUAGCCGCUGGAAUUCUCGCUAUUAUUGUUAUUUUACUCAUCAAAGGAGUCUUCAAUUAGUUUAUUUUUAUACUUUUAUGAUGUUUAUUAUAUUGUAUGCUUAUGAAACUGUCAGCCAAUACUUUUGUUUUAAACGUCAAAUCAAACACUGUAAUAUUGUAAUAUUAAUUUUAUUCAGUUAUAGACACA